AUGCAACAACGACAAACGCAACAGCAGCAUUCAAAUCCACCACAACAUCAUCAUCAAACGAUGAAUUCUAGCCUUCGAAAUCAAUUUCCAUCCACGACAUCUUCUCAUGUGAACGGUAAUAGUACAAAUAAUAAUUUAAAUAAUUGGAAUGUGCCAUCACAACAUUAUCAUCAGCCUCCGAACGGAAUGGAAAAUAAUGGACAACCACAUUUCAGUCAACAGCCUGUUUAUUACGAUACGAGUUUUAUGCAACAAAAUUACUAUCAAAAUCAGAUGAUGAACAGUGAAAUAUUUAAUCGACCACCUUAUAAUUUUUAUGAUUACAACACCAUUCAACAAGUCCAUCAAAUGUUUGGAUAUCCUCCUAACAUGGAUGCUCUGAAUAGUUAUUAUCAAACAGGUCAGCCAACUAUGAUGUACAAUCCAAUGUAUCCUUACUACUAUCCUAAUCAACAUCCCCAAGAAAAUCAAACUAAUGCAAAACAAAUUGAAAAUGAAUUAAAAUCACUUUUGCUGGGAGGAGAACAACCCAAACCAGUUCAAAAUAAGGCUGUCGAGACUCCUUCACAAAAAGAAUUUGUCAACCCUCCAAAAGAACAACUUACUGAAACUGUUCAAAAUUCAAUUACUAAUUCAACUACUGAACAAUCUGAUACCUCUCCAGAAAAAACACAAAAAAAGCCUACAAAAAAUAAGAAAAAGGAUCAACCUAUUAAUUUUAAAUUUGGAGCCUAUAGAGUUGAGCUCGAUGAGAGAAUGUUAACCAUACCAGAAAAGCUCAAACCAAUAGAUUCAUUUUUGACAAGUAGUGUAACACCAUCCAUAUUGAAACUUUAUAAUGAACUCAUUCCUACACAAAAGGAGAUUGAAAAGAGAAAUGAAUUCUUCAAAAAUUUUGAAAAGUUAAUAAUUAACAAGUGGAGUGAUGCUAAACUUUACAUGUUUGGAUCAAGUGCUAAUGGACUAUGCUUAAGACAAUUACAAGGAAAGAAUGAAUAUUGUGACGUUGAUUUUUGUCUUGUUGUGGAAUUAACACCAGAUAGAAUGAAGAAAAUACCAGUCUCUAAAGAAGUAGAGGAAGAAAAACCCAAUGAAAAUACAGAAACAGCUGAAGAAGAAGUUGUAGAGGAGCAAGAUGAGGAGGGAGAAGAAUCUCAAAAGACUGAAGUUAAAAAGAAGUCCAAGCCUAAGAAGAAGCUAUCCCAAGAACAAUAUCACAAGAAAAAUUAUGUUUCACAACUCAAACAAUUUUUAGAAUCAAAACUAAACUAUACAGACGUGAAGGGAAUAUUUACUGCAAGAAUUCCUAUUGUAACAUUUACCGAACAAAAUCUCAAAAUUAACUGUGACAUUGGUGUAAAUAAUAUUUUGGCAGUUUACAAUACGAGAUUAAUUGGACUCUAUUGCAAUAUUGAUAUUAGAUGCAAGCAAUUAAUAUUUUUAAUCAAAUACUGGUCUAAGCAAAGAUGUAUCAAUGACCCAUUUGGAGGCACACUCAGCUCCUAUUGUUUGGUAAUAAUGGUUAUUCACCUACUCCAACAAUGUGAUGUAUUGCCAUUCUUACAAGACAAAACUGUGUUUACAAACAUGAAAACAAAAAUAGUGGAUGGACUUGAUGGUAACAAUUAUGAUUGCUCCUUUGAAGAAUCUCUUGAUGAAAUUAACAAAAAGAUAACCAAGAAAGAUGACUCUCUUGGAUCUCUAUUGUUAAAAUUCUUCAAGUACUAUGCCUUUGAGUUUGAUUAUGAAAAUAACGCCAUUAGCAUUAGAAACUCAGGAAAUAGAAUCUUCUCGAAAGAAGAUAAAUCUUGGAAAGCAUUGUUUGCUGUAGAAGAUCCAUUCGAAACAGAGUUUAACACAGCCAGAAAUGUUUCUAUUACUGGAUUAGAUGCCAUUAGAUAUGAGUUUGUCCGAGCAUUCCACCUUAUUCAAAAACAAUCUAACUUCAAAGAUGUUGUUUGCACUAAACUGAGCACAUUAAAGAUUUAA